ACUGGGAAUUCGCCACGCCAUGACGAUCGAAGAAAUCAUCUGAUAAUUGCUUAUUAAACAAGAAUUAAGAAGUUAUAGAAAGUCGGUUUUCUUUUAAAUAUUCUGGUGGAUUCGCCGGGUUCAAUGUCCACGGUUUCAUCAGAUAUGGUCGGCAGAAUAUCGCGCGAAUAUUUGGCUAGGAUGAAUAGAAUAUAGAGAAUUCGGGAUUAUUUGGGUCACGGAUAUGUUAUUUAACGCACGCUGAGAAAUAUAUCUACUCUGUAUGCCCGACGAAUAUUGCUGGAAAAGCGGCUUCGGGUCGAUGGAAAGGUGGUGCGAGGGAAUGGUUGGCAGGCGUGUCCCUAUCGCCAACGAAAAUAAGUAGGUACUCCAGGGAUAAACAGGAAAUAUCAGCAGAAAUUUCAUGAUCAUUCGUAAUGACACGAUUUGAUGACGUAAUAGUAUCGUAAAAUGGCACUUGCAAUAUUAAUUUGAAGGUACAGGUUUCCUUUAAUUGAAGGCUAUUAAAAAAUUAGCUAAAUUGAUAAGAAACAAAGAAGAAAUAAUUGUUAAAAAUUUGAUAAAUAACUCAGCCGCGUACCUCAAAGUUAAAAGUUAAAACGUAUUAACAGGAGAAAUUUCACGAGCAAAGACGGGGUGUUUUCCGCGUGGAAACGCUGGAAACAGUGGCUAUACCGCGGUUCUAUCCACCGCAGGAAGGUUACCAGCGUCGCGACGUUGGCUCGACACAGCGGCGCCGACUACGCGAAUGAAACGACUCCAAUUCGAACAUCCGACAAAGACGAAAGAUACGCUAACUUGGUAAAGGGGUGGGUAAGAAAAAGAGAGAGAAGGAAAGCAUCGCGGAAAAACGAGGAAAUCGCGCGACGGGAUAAGACGAUGGAAAUUUCAUCGACCAUCUUCGCGAUAAUGCAUAAAUAAUGCGUUUAUUUACUUAUUUUUUUCAAAAUAAAAUUACAAAAGUAUUAUAUAAAGGCAUACCUAGGGGAAAUGUUGGGAAGAAAGGGGAAACGGGAACCGGAAGCAAACGAAGAAACUCAUAAGGACGUAUUUGAUGAAAAGGGAGGCCGAAUGAAAAACAGAAAGAGUUGGAGCAACAUAACUGGCGUUACACACGAGUCGCCACCAACACCAUCAGCACCAUCGUAGACGCAAAGAAGAGAGAAGCAACGAAACAAACGGGUGAAGGGUGGAGAUUGACGUGGUGGAAAAGGAAAGAAUUCAGAAAGGUAGACUCUGUUCGCGAAGGAUGAAAGGCAGAGACUGAUCAAAAGGGAGUGUUCCUUUCUUCAACAAAGAUGCGAGGAUAGUUGAAUUCGAAGAAUAGAGAGGGACGUUGCAGAAGGGACAACAAAAUAGAAAGUAAAAAUGAUAAAAAUUGUGGAAGGACAGACUAUGCAAAUCGAGAAAGAAGGAUAGUACAAUGCGAGAUGGGAAACCACCGAAAAGAAUGAUGCGAUUAGAAAGAGAGAAGACAACCACCGUAGAAAAUAAGAAUUGCAAAAGUCAGGAGAAAGAGAGAAUAUAAGAAAGCAAGGCGGAAAUCGAGUAAGAAAACAAAAAGAGAAGAAAGAUCAGAGUUGAUUAGGUGAAUUGUAGAAGAGACCGCUGAAGCAACCCUCAAAGGAAUCAGAAAGAAUUGCAAAAAUCAUGAAGAUGGAACAAGAUAUAAGAAGGUGAUGAUGGAAGAAAAUAAAGCAAGAAAGAAAUGGAUGAAUUUAUCAAGAAAGAGGAUGUAAAGUAGAUAGAGAUAUAGGAAAGAAAGAGAAAGAGGAAAAUAGGGAGUAACGUUGCGGACUAUCGACCCGACCCGGUCAGGCGCUUGCGCUUUUGCAACCCCUUCUACCGUCCACCCGUCUUGCCGGCGACGCGGCGCUCUACGCAACGCAACGUCGGCCACCAGUGCCUCUCACGAUUCCGUUCUCGCUCUGCCCUCCGUCUCGUCAUUCCGUUCGUACAACGCGUCCCAGUGUUACGCUUCGUUUAUCCUCCAUAUACAUAUUAUACUCGUAUAGAUAUAUCUCUCCCUCGUUCUCUUUUUCUCUCUCUCUAGCUCUCUCUAGCUCUCUCUAGCUCUCUCUAGCUCUCUCUACGUGUGGUGUCCGGCUUUUCAAGCGAUUCACACGUCCACUUGGAGGACACGAGAGCCUCAUAGGGACAAGAGGGAGAGGGGAGGGAGGGGGAGAGAGAGAGAGAGAGAGAGAGAGAAAGAAAAAAAAAAAGAGUUGAAACAUACAUAUACAUAUAAUAUACAUUAUAUUAAUUAGGUGCAUUUUGACGCGUCGCGUGUGUCAAAAAGUAAAAAGACCUUCGACGUGCUGAUCUACGUUAUCGGACACGCGAGACAAUUAGCUUCCGGAUGCGGUGAAUCUGAACCGGCGCGGCGCGGCGAACGGAUACCGGAGGGGAACGGUAGCAGCUUUCCGGUUUUCAAACGUACGGUUUCUUCGUUUUUUUUUCUCGUGAAAUUGAGAGAAAAAGAGAGACGCGGGGAGAGUGGUGAAAGUUGUCGGAAGAAGAGGAUACAGAGGCUUGUGCGACCGUGAGCUAAUCGACGGGGAAAGAAGCAGAAAAUUCUAACGACGGAGAGGAUGGAGUGAAACGCGUACACGCAGAAGGAGCAUAAGCCGACCACCGUUUCACUGCUAAAGAGGGAGAAAGAAGGAGAAGCAAAAGGAGAAGAAGGUGAAGGUUGUGGUGGAGGAGGAGAAAGAGGAAGUGAAGAAAGUGUAAGCCGGAUCGUGGUCGCCGAGGAGCUACGUCCUCGGGAGGGAAUCAAACCUGGCCUGACGAGCGUGCCCGUGCCCGUCGUCUAAACGGCCCCGUCGCUACCGCAGCGGCUGUGUGUCACUACUGUUCCACUGCCUCACACACUGCGGCCUCAUGAUUGGUUCAUUCUGGAACCUCUGUCGUGCGUGCCCUUCAAUGCCGAUUGACAAGCAGCUCCAUUCAGAGUAUAGGAGCACGUACACAUGGCACGAAUACACUGGACCACACCAGGAGCACACGGUCGUCCGUCGAGCACCUCAACCACCGCCGACGUCGACGAAGCAACCGAGCGCGAAGCUACAAUCGGCCAAGUCAACCGAGGAUGAAAACAACGAAGGGCCCACGUUGGAACCACCGUUGCCCAGACGAAAGAAAUGCCCGGAACUCGCGUACAAGACGCACGAGUUCAUCACGGCGGCCGACGGUGGUGGCGUCGAUGCCGUCGAUUCGAACGUUGUAGCUGACAAAGUUCGGGAAGUUACAGCGCAAUCGGGUCUACCACCUAGCCAGCUGAGCAAAGCGAUAUCGCGAAUCAGCACGGAGUAUCGGUUGCAGUUUGCUUGGCCUAGACGACCACAAUUGAUGAACGGCGAGACAGUGGCACCGGGAGUUCCAGCUGCCGGAAUUCCAGCAGGUACGACAGGACCACCUAGAAAGUCUCUCAGCAUGGGAGCUCUUAAGCAGGGUAUCGCCCCUACAGGACCUGCCCCGGUGCACAAGAAACGACCCGGUGACGUCGAUCACAAACGCGAUGGGAUGCAGGCAUCGGAGCUGGAACCCCUGGUCGGAGGAACUGGAACGGACACUAUCGACGGUGCGGUGCCCGAGGGCGACGAGCGCGAAGAAGACGUGUCGUCCGACUUGAAAAUAACUUUCAGGGGUAAAAAGUCAGGUAGAACCGUAAGGAUAUCGGAUGAUAAAGUGCUGGGCAAACAACAGGAGAAACCGUUUCCUACCUCUGAAGUGAUCGAGCUUAGGCGACUCGCUGACGAGUACAAGCAUCGCGACUGGGGUUGCGGUCUGGCAGCCGAGGACGAAGCUUCGCUGUGGAAACGGGUCUCCAGUAACCAUGCUCUCAACGCGCUAUCUCUUGCCAGGUCAGUGACGAAGGAAGAGAAAGAGAAGGAGAACACGAGGAAGGUUGCCCCGAUUACCACCACGAUGACCAUGCCUCCAGCUGGUCAGCCAUCUUGCGAACAAACUAGACCUAUUCAUGGAAUACUGCAGGACGAUUCAAAAACCGAUAUCGAAAGAGUAUCGAGUCUUGCUCGCGCAAGAAAAGAUUUCUUGAUUCGCCACCAUCUGGAUCGUACUACUGGCGUGGGCGACGGUGCACUGCUUCCCUCUCCGACGAGAGAGAAGCUGGAGCCUGUCAUACCGCGACGUCGAGAGGACGCGAAGGAGCAUCGUGAGGAAAUUCAGCCUAAAACAAAAUCUAGUCCGAAGAAUAGUCCAAGAACUGGUCGUUCUCAGAGUCUUGGACCAACAGUUACGGAACGUCGAUCACCGAAACGUCAACCACCACGUGCACCAUCCGUCACUAAAGAAGCUAAAGAGAAAGAGAAAGAAAGAGAGCCAAAGGAUAAGGAGAAAGAGCAUAGAGAGAAGAGCGGAGAGCCUGAAAGGCAUCCACGACCGAGAGUGGUAGCGGGUGUUUCAGUCACGGGCCCUGGCCACGUGCGUUGGAGCAUACGGGAACCGUCGGCGGUUUCCUCGACCGGUUCGUCGAGCAGCGUGCCGCCAUUACCGCCACCACCCUCGGGCCCAGGGCCUACUCCGUUCUACAGGAGGUCCCCACAGGUCCACCGGAAAUCCUUCCUCGCAACCACCGCCCCUCCCCAUCGCCCUCUUCAUCAUGCCAAACCUUCAACCACCUCCACAAGUACCAUCACAACCACCACAAGUACAACCGUAAAACCCUCGGUAAAGCAUUCGGUUCAUACGAGUGUCCAUCACCCACCUGCGUCGAGCGCUGCCGCUGCGGCCAGGCCGGACCGUGUUAAAGAUAUAAGCCGGUGCCAACAAGGUCCGCACGAAGCUCAGGCAAAAACAAACCGUGACCAGCCAGCUGCGGCUGCGGCCGCAGCCGCCGCCGCCGAUCCAUCCAAAUCAUCCUCCGAUAGUCGAUACGCGUCAAAUCAAGCCGCUAACGCCGUCCAACCUAUGACGGCAGAGCCGCAAGUAAACGGGGACGUGACCGGAGGAGAGUCGAGCGUCGCGUCAACUCCGCCGUCACAGAGCCAGCCACCGAUGUCUGCCACCGCCGUAAGCCCGUGGAUCGACGACGAGCCGGUGGUGAAAAGCCCACCGGAACCGACCAGAGUCAAAUCACCGGAACAGAUGAUCAUGCGGUCGCCGGAACCGGUCAACUGGACGGUACCUCUGGAUACCGGCAAAACGUUUACUGUCACGCAAAACGUCAGGGAAGAACCCCUAACGCGUCCGCAUAGCGAAGCUAAGACAUGGGCACCCUCCUCGGCACCUUCGGCGCCCCAGUCAGCACCACCUGAACUGGCGGCUCAGCACAAGUCGCAACAUUCCCAACAUUCCGGCUAUAAAUCACCGGAAAGCGAAAGCGUUUCCCUUGGUAGCUUCAGUGGUUUAAAUGGACACAAGGAUAUGGACUCGGAAAGGGACAGCCCGUUGCCCACGAACGUACAGAGUGCCAGCACACCUGUGCAGGCUGAAAAGGGGGUAAGAAAAGAAAUGAAAUUACAGGAAGCAGGAAGUGUCGAGGAGGAAUCGAAAGACCAACAGAGAUCGGAACCAUCGAUAAAACCAGUAGCAGGAACGAAUUUAAGAUGCCUAGAGGAUCCAGGGUUCGAGUACGACAGGAAGAAGGAUGUUGGUGCGCAGCCUACGACUACGGCAACCAUGACUACACCGUCAUCGUCGACUCCUCCUCAACCAGGUUACCGUAUCCUAGAGGCCGAAUCGCCUCAACCAGCUGGCACAGCUGGUGGUUAUCACGUGCUAGAGGCACCGACAGUGGUUCCAGGUUCGGCCCAACGUUCCGCGGCUAGCGAAGUAUUAGAAAAGGCACGAAAUCGCUUCGAUAAGUUUUGGGGAAAGGGUAGCGGUUCAGAGAAUUAGAUCGUUGCCGUACAGAAGAAGCAGUGACGUCCUCGAAACCGAAGGAGCAAGCAGUAACAUAGAAGAAGAAGAGAGACGAAAGGAAGAAAAGUUUUUUUAACAAGGUUCCUGUGAAUGCUCCUUCCGUGGCUCAUCUGCUCGUCCCUGAUCAACGUUCGUUCAUUGGGACCGGCUUCCUUUACGUCUUACCUAUCACGUGUUGAACGAUCUUCGUUGAUACCACUGAACUGAACUGAACUGAACUGAAUAGAGAGAUCUAGAAACCCUGUACGAUUGAUGUGUUGGCCAGUAAGAAGAACUAGCAUUUGCGUGAAUGUCCUCUAUCAAGUACCAGAUUAUUUUGCCGUUAUCGAUGUGUUACUUUCGAUCAACAGAGGCGAGACGAGGAGCUUUUUAGUUCAGCUUAACGAAAAUCAUCGACGAGUGCGAAGAAUCGGGAAACACCUGAUCCGUAAGACGUACGAGAAUAACGAAGACGGUGCGUGCAGGCAACGCGCCUCAGUCUCGUUGAAAAUCUCGAGGGAUAGAUGUUCGAAGGAUGUAAUUUACCAUUGAUGAAACUCAACACACAAAUACACACAGAUCAUCAUACGCUCCUACGAUAAAAAUGUGAUCUUGACUAAAGAAAGAUGUUAGAAAGAAAUCAUCAUACAGACACGAAACACAGAAACAAAAUGACACAAACAGAGGACACUAAAUGCCACCGCGAUACAUAGAAAGAACACGCACCUAGCCGAACACCACGCGAGUCAGUAUGUUUCUAGGAUUAUUCAACUGAUCUCAUGGGGAUCCGUCGUAGUUAAGCCCAAAAUUCUUUUUCCAUUUGAUAAAACAAGAAAAGAACAAAAAAAAGAUAACAAUGAAAAUGCAAAUUAAAAAAAGAAAAAAAAAAGAAAAAAAAAUACAGAUAUAGGAUAAUCGUGAGUAAACGGAAUCGCGAGGAAACAACGGUACCGGCUUUUUCGCUAUAAAUAUGGAGGGAAGGAUCAACAUAAGCCUUCGACCGCUUCGUGCGUUUUAUAUAAGUCCUAUAUACGGGAAAAAAAAAACAAUUAUGUACGUAUACACAUAUUGAACGUAUACAUUAAUGGGUAAUCGCACUCGCGGUUUGCAUACGUAAAUCACGGUACCGACACGAUUUCACGGAUCUUUCUUAAUCGACAAAAAGACACAUCUCGUCCCUGACGACAGGUCUGGAAAAUUGUCCAGGGUACCGUGAGGAAGAUUAGUUUCUUUUUAAAUACAGAGUGUUUUCUCUGUGCGCGUUUGCCGGCCCGGAACAUACGGACUCGUUCCGUUUUCCAAACUAAAACUCGACCGUUCGAAAACCACGAAAAAAAUUGCUAUUGCACUGAAAUCUUCGAAAGACACUCGAGUUCUCUAAAGAAGAGAGAGUUCCACCCUGAAGAACACGUGAUGGGUCUCUUCCCGCAUUCAGCUUUACACCCGAAUAAACCCCCUUGUACGCGUCGGAUUCUCGUGCUUUGUUCCUCGUAUCUUCUCGGUAAUGUUUCGCGAACGGUCGAGGCGCGUCUAGAUGAGGAACAUUCCGCGAGCACGGCAAACGAAAACCACCAGCAAGCGGAAUGAAUUACUGUAGUGAGGCGUAGUGUUUUUUUUCCAGAGAAAUGAUAGCUCGAGGUCCUAUGAUCGAGCGAGAAUAAGUGAGAUGGCAGUAUAGAAAAAAGAAAUUCGCGUGACGAGGAUGGCACUGCAAUAGAUACGAUCUUUCUCCUCGAGGGUUGGGUCUGUGAGACAGGGAUAAUUUUUAUUGAUUCGCGUAAAAAAACAGCACGCUUUCGCUUGGCUCGACGUCACGCGAUUUAACGAUGAAAUUGGUGCUAGUCAGAGAUGCAUCGAAGACACGAAGCUAUGAGUUAUAGGAAUGAGAGAUGAAGGGAACGGUGGGAUGAUGCACCUACCCGUUGCACCGCUGCAUUCCGUCUGAUUUGUUAUACAAGAAAUUCACUCGUACGUUCCUCUUUUGAGCGGAUUAACAGCGAACAGGAGGGAAGUUCUGGAAAUUAUGAUCAAUGAUCUAUGAGAAGAGACAACAGGAGAGGUUACGAACUUGAUAGAAGAAAGGUUUCCAGGAGUACGGGAUACAAAUUUUCCUGAUAUAAUGCAAUAAACAGAAUGAAAAAACAUUUUCCUGAUCGACGAGCCAGAACCUUCUCCUGAAAAGACUGUCAUGGGUGAUGUUGUAACAGGAGAUAAGUAAACGGAGAGAAAAGAGAAAACGAGGACGAGAAAAGACACUUUUCUUGAUGUGAACUGAAGAGAACGAGGACAAGAAAAGGUAUUUCUUUUUCUGACAAUGAGUCAAGUUGUAAGAAGAAAGACGGUCCUUGUUCUCGGUUCGAGGACGAUGGAAGAAAGAAACGAAAAGGGAAAGAGAAAGAGAAAGAGGAAGAGAAACAGAGGAAACCAAGCGACGGAGCUUCUUUUCUCUCUUUCACCGCGCAUUUGAUACACCACACUCCAUCCAGAUCCACGUCCAAGAGUCAACCAACCGUAGUGAAGCAGUAUAAACGAUAAUGAUUAAUGAUAAACGAUACUCUAAUAAUAAAAGAAAAAAAACCGCUAAAUGGAAAAAAGAACAAAAAAAAAAAAAAAAAAAAAAAUAUGAAAAAUGAAUUUGAUAAGA